AUAUACAAGUGUAUACAGAUGGCUCAAAAGAUCCAGAACAUGAAAUAACUGGGGCUGCUGUUUUAGUUCAAGACAGUGAUGGCCAGUGGAUCUGUGGAGUAAAGCGAACUUCAAGUCAUUUGGCAGUUUAUACUGUAGAAAUAAUGGGAAUGCUCUUGGCAUUGCAGUGGGUUGAGGAACACAAACCUGAGAAUGUUUUAAUUUGUUCUGACUCAGUUUCAGUCUUAAAGAGUUCGAAAUCUUUUAAAUCAUGUCACCAAGAUAUUCUUUUUAGUAUCCUACAAUCAGUUUUAUAUGGGUCCCAGCACACAUAGGAAUAAGGGGAAAUGAAGAAGUGGAUAAAUUAGCAAAGCAAGCUCUACAGAGAGAAACGAUAGAGAUACAAGUUCCAUUAAGUAAAUCAGAGAUUAAGGUUUUAAUAUGGGGUAAAGUGAUUAAAGAAUGGCAAGUUAAGUGGAACAAUGGGGAAAAGGGUAGAGUCCUUCAUAAUUUAAUAAACAAAGUAAGUCAUAAUAUAAGGUGUACAGGUAAGUCAAGGAAAGAAGAGGUUAUCUUUAACAGAAUAUUGCUAGGGCACUCAAAUUUAAAUAGCACUCUUAAAAUAAUAGGGAAACAUCCAAAUGGGUUAAUGUUGAAGAAACAAUACCUCAUGUAUUUCUUGAAUGUAGUAAGUAUGAACGGGAAAGAGGAAAAGUGAUAGUAGAAAUAGGAAAAAAUGGAAUUCAGGAUCUUAAUUUUAAGGUUUUAAUAAAAUGGCCAAGUGAAAUAAAUAGUAAAGUAUUCUUUGAUUUUAUAAGAGAGACGGGGUUGUUAUAUAGAAUUCAGAACUCUGUUCCACACUCCGGAGCAGAAGGUGGCGGUAAUGCACCUUAAUUGCGUUGGUGCCAGCCUCCCCUUAAAAACCAAGAAGAAGAAGAAGUGACGUCACAUGGCUGCACCGUGCUCCUGCGUCUGUGAUUCUCUUGAAGGUCAAGGUGUCCAAACACACAAGAAAAACUCCAGGUGAAGCGACUGAGAUGCACGUGACACUGUUACAAAGAUGGAGUUUAUUAAAGAGGAGAGUGACGAUAUGCAUAUAGAAGAAGAAUUCAGAGUCAAACAUGAAGAUACUGAGGAACAAACAGACCUGAUGGCACUGAAAGAGGAGAGUGAAGAACUGAAUGAAAAUGAAGAGAAAGAUCAGUGUGAGGAACAUCACGAGUUCAUAACAGAAGAAAAAUGUAUUAGUUGCUCACAGAAUGAAAAUACUUCCUCACCAAAAAAAGCUCAAAAAACACAAACUACAAACCUUAAUUCCAACACUAGGAUUCAUAAUGGAGAGAGCUCUUUCACCUGCCAACAGGGUGGACAAAUUUUCAAUCAAAAAGAAAGCCUUAAAGUCCACAUGAAAAUUCACAUUGGAAACAAGCCAUUCAUAUGCUCUCAGUGUGGAAAGAGUUUUACAGAGAAAAAAAACCUUAAUUCCCACAUGAGAACUCACACUGGAGAGAGACCUUACACCUGCGAACAGUGUGGGAAGAGUUUCACACGUAACGGAAACCUUAAGACUCACAUGAGGAUUCACACUGGAGAGAAUCCAUUUGUAUGUGAUCAGUGUGGAAAGAGUUUUACGCAGAAAAAACAACUUUAUGCCCACAUUAGAAUUCACACUGGAGAGAAGCCAUUCACCUGCCCUCAGUGUGGUAGGAGUUUCACACGUAAAGAAAAACUUAAGACUCACUUCAGGACUCACACUGGAGAGAAACCGUUCACAUGUGAUCAGUGUGGAAACAGUUUCAGAUAUAAAGAAAACCUUAAUAAUCACAUGAAGAUGCACUCAAGAGAGAAGAGUUUUAAAUGUCAUCAGUGCGAAAGUAGUUUCACAGAGAGGGAACAUCUUAAGAACCAUGUUAAAAUUCACAUGGGAGAAAAGCCUUUCAUGUGUCACCUCUGUGGAAAGAGCUGUUCAAGAGAAGGACACCUCAAGACUCACUUGAGAGUUCACACUGGAGAGAAACCUUUCACCUGCCCUCAGUGUGGAAAGAGUUUCAGGUUUAAAGGAAACCUAAAGGCUCACAUUAGAAGUCACACCGGAGAGAAGCCAUUCACAUGUCAUCAGUGUGGAAUGAGUUUCUCAUACAGCACAGAGCUGAAACAUCAUUUGAAAACGCAUUCUGGAAAGAAACUAAAAUUUUCCACAGUGUGAAAACAAAAAGCAAAUGUGAGACUUUGUUUGUGUCCUUUAUUAAAGAGUAUAAGAAAAAUGCUGUGUGAAAAAAUGCCAUGCUAUGUUCACACCAGCCUACAUCUGUUCAUCACCUUCAUUACUACUUCUUUUAUGUCUUUUAUUUUCAUAUUUAUUCUUUCUAUGGGGUUAGGGUUUCAGGAACCCUUCCAUCUAAGAUUCAUGCUUUUUCCCCUUUAAAUAACCUACACACACUCACACAAGUCCUUUGAGAGAGGACAAAGUUACAGAUACAGAUCAUGCCGAGUCAUAAAUAAAUUAGUCAUGACAAAAAUUGAUAACCAAUGUAUUUUUCCAAGUAUCCACUAUGUUAGUGAUUAUAAUGUUAACUUGCUUGUUUGGGAGCUUGUUUAAUACCGUAGGUUGUUGGACAGUGUAGUGAACAGCACGUUCCAGGGCAAGGUUUAUGGCAGGGCUUCUCUAUGACCACAAUAGUGGACAAAGGUUUGCUACAUUUUGAUGGGCUCUUGGUGGACUAACAUAAGAAAACUGUCCAACACAAUCAGAUAAAGAUGCUAGAGCAACAUCCAGACACCUCGUAGUGGGCAAGAAAAAGACCUCUGGUACCAAGCUUUUCUAAAUGUGUGUACUGUACAAAUAAGUUCAUCAGGAGGACAGAAGGGUGGUUAGGGCGGUCUGUGUAACGCUUUGCAGUUCUUUGAUCAAUUUGCAACUUCAAAAUGAAUCAAAUGAAAAAUAGGUUUCAAACUUAAAUUUUCUAUUUUUUGGAAUACGUCACAAACGGAUAAUUGACUCUCUGUUUAACUGUCAGUCCUACACCUUUGGGUUGCUGCUUCCAAAUUAGAUUUUGUAACAAACAAACAAAAAUUUACUCAUUCUAGUUUUCCAUUUUUGUGUUCCGCUUGCUGUUGGAACGUAACGUAUUACCACAGGCUGAGGGGAGAUUAGCCUGUGGCCGUGGCGCGGACACAGAGCGCUGUUGUGUAGUGUCCUUUGGCACCGCUGGCCACGCAAUUUUUUUUUUUUAUCCUCUACCCAGUAUGAC